GUUUCCUCCCAUUCCCUUCCAUCCCACACCACACCUUUCAUCCUCCACCCACUUUUCCCCCAACCGCCUGCUUUUCUCGAUUUAAUCCGACCCCCUCAUCCUUCCGUUUCCCCUCCAACCUAUUGAUAUAGGGAUUAUACUGGGGUCGCAAUUUACGCGACUAUCAUUCCAACACAUUUUACAAUCUCUACCUGAUUCGAAUAGAUCGUGUCAGUGUGGUCGUACCUCGAACGCCGUAGGGGGCGAAGCACCACUCGCUGAUCCUUUUGUUUUCGGCUCCCGGCGCGUCAUCGUACGUUGGUUGCCAGGGAACUCAUCACCACACCACAACCAAACCCCCCCCCCCGGCACCGGGCGGGUUUCUUUUUGGAAGAGUCCCUACUUGUCGUUGACUUCCUUUAAGCAUUAUCCUGAACCGAUCUCCUACUUCUCACCGCUGAUAUGUUCUAUUCGGAGACGCUUCUGUCGAAGACCGGGCCGCUGGCCCGCGUCUGGCUGUCCGCUAACCUAGAGCGCAAACUUUCUAAGUCGCAUAUUUUGCAAUCCGAUAUCGAAAGUAGCGUCAGCGCCAUUGUCGACCAAGGACAGGCGCCCAUGGCCUUGCGACUGAGCGGUCAGCUGCUGUUAGGUGUUGUCCGUAUCUAUAGCCGCAAAGCGCGUUAUCUCUUAGAUGACUGCAACGAGGCUCUUAUGAAAAUUAAAAUGGCCUUCCGUCUCACGAACAACAACGACUUGACGACCACGGUCGUCGCACCCGGUGGCAUCACAUUGCCUGAUGUACUCACCGAAUCUGAUCUAUUUAUGAACCUGGACUCUGCUCUUCUGAUACCGCAGUCGCUUAAUUUGGAACCAGAGGGCAAGCGACCGGGUUCUAUGGAUUUUGGUAGUCAACUGCUCCCUGAUACUGGUUUGCGGCGCUCGGCCUCGCAAGAACCCGCACGCCUCGAGGACCACACUCUGGUUGAUUUGGAUCUGGGCGAAGAUGAAACACCUUUGGGUCACGACUUCAGUAUGGAAGUUGGUCGAGAUGCUCCAGCACCACGCCCCGUCGAAGAAGAUCUUUUCAGUGAUGGUGGAAAGUUCAACGACGCCGACAAUUUGCAAUUGGACCUUGACCUUGGUGAGGACGACGCACCGUUGGACAAAAUGGAUCUUGGCGAUGAUGGCCUCCAUGAUAACUUCAUGCAACUGGACGACCAUAUGGACCUCGGCCCCGACGAAGAAAUUGUUCCGGAUGCGGAUGAGAGGUUCGAACGUGAAAGUACCGUCUUGACCGACAUGUCGGAGGAACGAGUCAACCGGCUUCUCGAUCCAGAAGAGGAGGCCGCUGCGAAUGAAAUGGGAAAUGAGGAAGGUGGGGAGGAGAUGAUCGCCCAACACGAACAACGGGCUAAGCGGCGCAAGGUCGUUAUUAUGGGUCUUGACGAGGUAGCGGAUCUCCGGGAGCAUGAAGUCAAGAAACAGGAUAAGGAUCGCGCGCACAUCUUGAAGCCUUCGUCGUGGCUACCCAGGGACCCUGUGCUACUGACCCUGAUGAACAUGCAAAAGAAUGGCGACUUUGUGUCGAGCGUGCUCGGUGGUGACCGAGGACGUGGUUGGGCCCCUGAACUCCGGGAUUUGCUCUCGUUCGACACCGUCCAGAAGGCUGGUGAGUUGAAGCGGAAGCGUGACAGUGGAAUCGCGGACAUGGAUGUGGAGGCCGCUGCCGCUCCAGCAUUGGAACUUGGCGAAGAAGAAACGAUCUUGCCGAUCGAUGAGGGUGUGGGAAUGGAUUCUACUCUUCACCAGCGCUCGGACAUCGACUUUCCAGGCGAUGAGGAGGACCACCACGGUUUGCACUUGAGUGAAGACGAAGGAAUGGACCACACGCUGGAGGAAGUCGAUGAUACGAUUGUACAAGACAGCGGACCUGUCUCUCUCGGCACGAAGCAUGCUGUUCACAUUCUUCGUGAACGUCUCGGGGAAUCGGCAGAGGCACAGAAGAAGAGCGUCAAGUUCCAGGAAAUCCUACCGGAGAAGAAGGCCUCCAAGGCGGAUGCGACCAAGAUGUUCUUUGAGGUCCUCGUCCUGGCCACCAAGGAUGCUGUUCAGGUCGAACAGCGUCCCGAGACUGUUGGCGGCCCUCUCAAGAUCCGUGGCAAGCGAGCUCUCUGGGGCUCAUGGGCUGAGGAAGGUGCCAAUGAGGAGGCUGCUUCGCAGGCCACUCUGGCUGCCGCUUAAAUGGACCUGGGUGACUUUCUCUGUGUGCGUGUUCGUGUACAUCUUUGACUGUAGUGUGUGCGUGUGGAGGCUGUGAUGCCCUCGGGAACCGUUCGACUUUGUGUAUCGGCGAUUACUUUAUUGUGGAAUCGAUUGGCGUUUUGGGGGUUUAUCUCUCUCCUUGGGACUGAAAAGGCGGUUAUUGAAUGAAUUCUUCUGAAGAGCUGGGAUCUUGCUCUGCGGGUUGUGAGGCAAAGAUUUUGUUUAGGUGAUAGCUAUGUCUUCUUUAAG